ACUAACUUUCCAAAAAAAGCCCCUUACCAACCUAAACUCAUCAUGCCUCCCAGAAGACAAAAUCCUCCUCAUCAACGAGUUGUUCGAGACAUAGAAAUGGAAGAACUACGUCAACAAAUUCAAAGGCUUCAAGAAAGACUCGAAGCUUUUGAGGGACAGCAAGCUCAACACCCGCAAGAUGAACCACAUGAGUCAGAGGAAGAUACUGAUGAUGAGAAUCCCUUCCAUCACCUAAGGGAUAAUGAAAGCUCAUCAUCAACAGAAAAAGUUCGUCGUCGACGUCGUCCCCAACAAAAUGCUGCUCCCAAAUCCACUGACCUUGGCAUCAAAAUUGAUAUUCCAAAUUUUGAAGGUCGCCUUCAACCAGAUGAAUUUAUCGACUGGUUGCACACUGUUGAGCGUGUGUUUGAACUCAAGGAUAUUCCUGAUGACAAGCGUGUGAAGCUUGUCGCCAUCAAAUUAAAGAAGCAUGCAUCCAUUUGGUGGGAGAAUCUCAAACGCAGUCGAGAAAGAGAAGGCCGCAACAAAAUUAGAACUUGGGAGAAAAUGCGUCAGGAACUCAUUCGUAAGUUUUUACCUGACCGUUACUACCAAGAUAAUUUUGUUAAAUUUCAUAACUUGCAGCAAAAAUCUUUGACUGUGGAAGAAUAUACUAUGGAGUUCGAACAAUUAAUGAUGAAGUGUGAUGUUCGGGAAAAGGACGAGCAAACCAUAGCUCGAUAUCUUGGAGGGUUGGACUAUGACAUUUCCAAAGUUGUUCAACUUCAACAAUAUUGGACUUUGGAUGAUGUAGUUCGGCUAGCAUUGAGGGUUGAAAAGCAAAUCUCAAAAAAGAAUAUCACUAGUGCUUCAAAACCGUGGGAUUUUGGAGCCAGCAGAGGGACUCAAGCCUCAAAAACAGUUGCUAAGACCCCUGCCAAGACUGAAAAGGAAGUCAGUUCGAGCCGUCCAGCUCAAUCUAACACUCGAAAGUGUUUCAAGUGUCAAGGAUUUGGCCACAUAGCCUCCGACUGUCCAAAUAGGAGAGUUGUUACCCUUAUCGGAGGAGAAAUUCAUGAAGCCUCAGAAGAUGAAGCAGAAAAGGAGCAAAAUGAUGAAAUUGAGUCACCCCAACUUGAGGAAGAACUCAUCCCAGCUGACCACGGAGAAUCUUUGGUUGUGCGUCGUAGUCUUCAUGCUACCAUAACCAAGGAUGAAGAUUGGCUUCGACAUAACAUCUUUCACACUAGAUGCACUUCUCGAGGGAAGGUCUGCAAUGUCAUCAUUGAUAGUGGAAGUUGUGAGAAUGUUGUGUCAAAUUAUAUGGUUGAUAAGUUAGGUCUGCCUGUCAAAGAUCAUCCUCAUCCAUACAAGUUACAAUGGCUACGAAAAGGAAACGAGGUAAAAGUAACUAAACAUUGCCUUGUAUCUUUUUCUAUUGGUAAUAGGUACCAAGAUGAAGUAUGGUGUGAUGUUAUUCCUAUGGAUGCUUGUCACUUGUUACUUGGUCGCCCUUGGCAAUUUGACCAAAAGGCUAUCCAUGAUGGCCAUGCCAACACCUACUCGUUUGUGAAAGAUGGUGUGAAGGUCAAGCUCACUCCCCUGAAGCCUGAAGAAACACUUGAAAAGAAGGGUGAGGACAAGACUUUAAUCUCCAGAUCAACCUUUCAGAAGUUGCACCAAGAGUCGGGAAUAGCAUGUCUCCUACUAUUAUCCAAAGUAAAUGAUGCCACUUGCCCUUUUCCAGAAGAAAUCCGAUCUCUCCUUGAAGAAUUUUCUGAUGUUGUUCCUAACGAGAUCCCUCCUGGAUUACCACCAAUGAGAGACAUUCAGCAUGCCAUUGCUUUCAUCCCAGGAUUUGUCAUCCCAAACAAACCUGCUUAUCGGAUGAACCCUCAAGAGUAUGCAAAACUUCAACGUCAAGUCAAAGAACUAAUGGAGAAAGGACUUGUCAAGGAAAGCAUUAGCCCAUGUGCCAUGCAUGUGCUACUCGUCCCAAAGAAAGAUGGAACUUGGAGAAUGUGUGUAGAUAGUCGAGCAGUCAACAAAAUCACUAUCAAGUACCGCUUCCCAAUUCCACGCCUUGAUGAUAUGCUUGAUCAACUGCAUGGAGCUACUGUCUUCUCAAAGAUUGAUUUGAGAAGUGGAUAUCACCAGAUUCGAAUGCGUCCCGGUGAUGAAUGGAAGACAGCAUUCAAAACUAGAGAUGGUUUGUACGAGUGGACGAUCAUGCCAUUCGGAUUGUCAAAUGCUCCUAGCACUUUCAUGCGCCUUAUGAACCACGUAUUUCAACCCUUCAUUGGGAAAUUUGUUGUGGUUUACUUUGAUGAUAUCCUGGUAUAUAGCAAGAAUGAACAGGAGCACCUAGACCAUCUUCGGCAAGUUUUUGAAGUCCUUAGAGAACAGAAACUUUAUGCUAAUCUCAAGAAAUGUUCAUUCCUCACUACAAGUGUGACAUUUCUUGGAUACAUCAUCACUGCUCAACGUAUCAAGAUGGACCCCAGUAAAAUUGAUGCUAUUGUUAACUGGCCUACACCAACAUCGAUGCAUGAUGUUCGAAGCUUCCAUGGCCUGGCAUCUUUUUACCGAAGAUUCAUCAAGAAUUUUAGUUCUAUUGUUGCCUCUAUUACUGACAGCCUUAAGGGUGACAAAUUUUCAUGGAGUGACAAAGCCCAACAGAGUUUUGAAGAAUUAAAGAGGAAGCUCACUGAAACCUCUGUACUUGCACUUCCCAACUUUGACCUGAUGUUUGAAGUAGAUUGUGAUGCUUCUAAUGUUGGAAUUGGUGCAGUGUUAAGUCAAGAAGCCUUGGAGCAUUGGAGUCAUUAUCUUCUUUCCAAAGAAUUCAUCUUGCACUCUGACCAUGAGGCAUUGAAGCACCUGAAUUCUCAACAGAAGAUCAGUUGCCGACAUGCUGCUUGGAGUGAAUUUCUACAAGCUUAUCCUUUCCUCCUCAAAUACAAAUCUGGAGUCCAGAAUCGUGUAGCUGAUGCUCUGAGUCACCGACAUGCCUUGCUUACUUCCUUACAAAUGAAAGUCAUUGGAUUUGAAGUGAUCAAGGAGUUGUAUGAGGAUGAUCCUGAUUUUAGCAACAUUUGGCAAGCCACUUCUAAUCAAGCCUUUCAGCAAUAUCAUCGCCAGCAAGAUUACCUUUUCAAGGGUAACCGGCUAUGUGUUCCACGUUGCUCACUCCGAGAUUCAAUUAUCUGGGAAGCACAUAAUGGUGGAUUAGCUGGUCAUUUUGGGAGAGACAAGACUUUAGCUCUUGUUAAAGAAAGUUUUUACUGGCCAAAGUUGGAGCAAAAUGUCAUUCGUCACAUUCAAAGAUGCAAAGUUUGUCACCAAGCCAAGACAAUCAAUCAAAACACAGGGUUGUACCUGCCAUUGCCUAUCCCAACUUCACCUUGGGAAGAUGUUAGUAUGGAUUUUGUCCUUGGUCUACCACGAACUCAACGAAGCAAGGAUUCUAUCAUAGUCGUGGUUGACAGAUUUUCUAAAAUGGCUCACUUUAUUGCUUGUCAGAAAACUAAUGAUGCUUCUCUCAUUGCUGAGUUAUAUUUUAGAGAGAUUGUGCGUCUACAUGGAGUUCCAAAGACCAUCACUUUAGAUAGAGAUGUGAAGCUCAUGAGUUAUUUUUGGAGGACUUUAUGGAGAAUGAUGGGCACUCAACUCCAUUUUGUGGGAAAGAAUUUGCGACAAUGGGAUCUUGUGCUUGCCCAAGCUGAGUUUGCCUACAACAACUCUUCAAAUCAAGCUAUAGGAAAAUGCCCAUUUGAAGUAGUAUAUGGAGUGCGUCCUCUCAGUCCUUUAGAUCUUGCUCCAUUGCCCACAUCCCGACAAUUUAGUGGAGAUGCUGAACAACGAGCCAAGGAGAUCAAGAAACUUCAUGAAGAAGUUCGUGAGAACCUACAACGUCAAACCAUUAGGUAUAAGACUCAUCAUGACAAGCACCGAAAGAAGGUUGUGUAUAAAGAAGGAGAUUGGAUAGUGGAGGAAAUCAAUGAUAAUGCCUACAAGAUCAAACUUCCAGGUGACUAUGGAGUCUCUGCUACUUUCAAUGUAGCUGACUUAUCUCCUUACUAUGAGGAUCAUGAGCAUUGAACUCAAACUCGAGGACGAGUUUUCUCUAACCAGGGGAGAAUGCACCAGGAAAAAAACAACAAGCAUGCAGAAGCUACUCUGCAGCACCACUAGGUCGGUGCAACUUUGUCAAAGUGGCCAUUAAAUGGCUAACUCCCAACUGCAUUUUCACUUUCCAUUUAUUGCCUUAUGUUAGACUUUGCCUUUAAAUAGCUAUGUUCCCUUCGUUGUAUGCAUAAGUUUUAUCAGUUAAUGAAGUUUUAAUUAUCCU